GUCCGCCUCAUCUUCUCCCUCCCAGACUCCAGCCGCCGUGAGCCCGCGCUCUCUCCCCCUCUGUCUGCGCCGACUGCCUGUGCCACCGCCGCCGAUCUCUUCGCCGGCGAAGACCGCCCACCAGGCUCCGGCCAAGGGCGUGAUGGCGGCUGUGGGGAGCUUGCAGCCGGGGAUGGAGGCUCUACACGUGCAGGGGGACUACAAGGACGCGCCUCCUCCGGCCAAGGCCUCCGUGGUGGCUGCCGCGGUAGAGAGCCUCCAGCCGGCGAUGGAGAGCCUACAUGUGCAGGAUUUCAAGGACGCGGCGGCGGCUCCGGCCAAGGGCGCCACCGCCGUGGGGAGCUUGCAGCCUGGGGCCGAGAACUUGCAGGCGCAGGAUUACAAGGACGCUAGCAUGUACUAUGGUGCUUACCCGGCUUAUGCCUAUGGAGCCUAUGGUGGCUGGGGGGAGUACUCCACAUACCUGGCUGAUGGAGCACAGUCACCAACUGCUGGUACCUAUGCUGAUAUGUACUAUGGCUAUGCUCCCUAUGGUGUUGCAACCUUGGGGUCUGAUGGUCAGAUUUAUGGGUCUCAGAGUUACGAUUACCAGUACCCAUCAACAUAUAACAAGCAACAGAAUUCUACUGCCAAGCUGUCGACCAAUGGUAAAAGUGAGAAAUUGGCUCCGGCGCCGCAAGGGGAUGUCUCCACUGUUGGUGUCGAUGAGGUGAAAGGUCUGAAAAAUUCAAACUCGACCUUGAAGGCAGACAAGAAUACGCCAAGUUCCAAUGGUUCAUAUGGCCGAUCCAGUGCGCGUUCUGGCAGCUAUCAGAACCAGACUAGUUGGCCGCACUAUCCAUACUAUAGCAGUGAGAUGUUCUCUGACAAGCAGCAAAAGUUUACCAGCAAUCGCAAUUCGACUGCUCUCAAUGCUAAAACCAAGGGGCAGUCCAGGAAUCAAAACACGAGACAGUAUCCUCAUCUCAUGGGUCUGCAAACACCAACUUCCCCAUCAGUUUAUUCAGCUAAUGGAAUAUAUGGGUAUGAUGGGAGCUAUGGAGCUGGCCUUUGGUAUGGAUCGCACAUGUAUAGUUCUGGGUUAUAUGGUGGGUGGAAUUCACUGUAUGAUGGAAAGUACAGAACCAGAGGAAGAGGUAAUAAUGGAUAUUAUGUUUAUGGCAAUGGAAACCUAGAUGGCUUCAAUGAGCUGAAAAGAGGGCCAAGAAGUGGUAUGUACAAAAACCAGCUGGGGCUUGGAGCUACUACUGAAGUACCAGCAAAAGAGCAGGACCUUUCGGUUGAUGAUGGAUCCCAUCCUGCGAUGAAGGAUCAGUAUAAUCAGGCUGACUUUGCGGAAACAUACUCAGAUGCAAAAUUCUUCAUUAUUAAAUCAUACAGUGAAGAUGAUGUUCACAAGAGUGUUAAGUACAAUGUGUGGGCUAGCACUCCCAAUGGCAAUAAGAAACUUGAUGCUGCCUACCAAGAGGCUAAAGAGAAAUCAAGCGAAACUCCUGUUUUCCUUCUUUUCUCUGUGAAUGCAAGUGGCCAGUUUGUUGGCCUUGCUGAGAUGGUUGGUCGUGUUGAUUUUGACAAAACAGUAGAGCAUUGGCAACAGGACAAAUGGACUGGUUGUUUCCCUGUCAAGUGGCACAUUGUGAAGGAUGUUCCAAACAGCUUGCUGAAGCACAUCAUUCUUGAGAACAAUGAAAACAAGCCAGUGACAAACAGCAGAGAUACACAUGAGGUGAAGUUUGAGCAGGGCCUUCAAGUGCUCAAGAUUUUCAAGGAUCAUGUCUGCAAGACAUCCAUACUGGAUGACUUUGGCUUUUAUGAUAAUCGUGAGAAGUUGAUGCAAGAGAGGAAAGCAAAGCAGCAGCAGUCACUGAAAAAGGUCAUCGAUGUGAAGCUGCCUAACUCUACUGACACAGAGAAAAGUCUCAAAGGAGAGACUGGAUCAACAGAACUCACUGAGGCUGAUGUCUUGAACAAAGAGCUUUCAUUAGACAAAGCAGGAGAGAAAAAUGGCGAGAAAGGAAAUGAUGUCGCUCCACAGGACCUGAAAUCACCAACUGAGAAGUUGGCAGGUCCAAAUGGCUGUUGAUUUUUUAUUUUUUUGUUAGCCAUUGACAGUGGUGUGGGGGUGGAACCUAAGGCUGUGUGGGUUGUUUGAGGAAAUUCUGAGAUCCCAUUAAGCGUGUUUCUUGUCCCUGUUUCCUAUAGUUCAUAGGAGCUAGAGGAUAGCUAGUUGGUUGUGUUUGGUGAUAGGUAUGGUCUGUUCUGGCGUGUCAGGAAUUUAGGAAUAGAAGGAUGAUUAACUGGGUUUUCCAAUGAUGGAUGGAUCAUCGGUUUGAGGGUGUAUUUUCAUUUAUCUGCCUCUUUUUUCUCUCUGAAUUCUAGUUCGUCCCUCUCUAUAUUCUGGUGUAGUGCUUAUUUAAUGUUGGCUGGUUUAAGAACCUGAAAUGAACAUGGGAAUUCAAUCAAGCAUUUACAAACUUCUUUUCCUUGGUA